CAACAUUUCCUUCCGCGGGUUGGGCGACGCGAUCCAGAAGAUACUCUCUAGGAAGAUAACGUAACCAGGCGCAUAUCGGACGACGAAUCGGUUACUGAAAUGCUACCCGGUGCCAUUUUUCCGGCUCGGACACGUUUGGGAGCAACUUUUUCCAUUUUCUUCUUCUUCUUCAUCGUCUUCGCCAAUUCGACUACCAAUGAUUCCCAGGUAAAAUGUAGCAGAACCUGCGUAGCCGAAAACUGUGAUUCCGUUGGGAUCCGAUACGGUAAAUAUUGUGGGGUGGGAUGGUCUGGUUGUCCUGGAGAAAAACCGUGCGACGAUCUGGACGCUUGUUGCAAGAUCCACGACGAGUGCGUCGAGAGAAAAGGUAUGAUUAACAUAAAAUGCCACGAGAAGUUCAAGCGUUGCAUAAAGAAAGUAGAAAAAUCUGGGCAGGUUGGGUUUUCUCGUAACUGCCCCAUUCAGAUGGCUGUGCCUACCAUGAUGCAAGGUAUGGAUAUGGCCAUCCUGUUUAGCCGAUUAGGCAGCGCCCGGUACGAUGAACUCUGAUGCCUGAACUUCAAAAUUGAACUAAAUUAGACUUCCAUUUCAUUUGAUGUGCUUUUUUUAUAAGCCACGGGAGAUGAUGUUACUGAUUGAACUUGGGAUUUAGCGUCCAUUAAUAAUUCAUUUCGAUGGAAUUUUUUUU